AUGUCGCCCCGGCCAGCCGUCAAGCUCGACACGCCGGUGACUUACCGACUCUACCUCAGCCACAGGUUGCCCGCGAGCAAGAAGGGGGGCUUUGCGGGUCCAAUAUGUGCCUGUCGGACGGCAAAGAUGAUCCAGGUCCCCAAGUCACAGCAGCGGCUCGUUCUACGACAGACCAUCGCGAGGGCGGCUAGCCAGGAGGUCGCGACACGCCAUGCCCUGCCGCUGGACAGCUUCACGGUGGCAAUAGACCGUGCCGUCAUGCUGUUCCGGCGUGGCUGUGCAGCCGAUGAUCAGAACCUGCCAGGGGUUGAUAUACGGAACGAAGACUCGUGGCCUGACGCAGAAGAGGCAAUCCAGUACUGGAGCCACCACGGCCUCGCUGUUCCGGUCUGGAUCGAGUUCUACGUCAAAUCACCUCCUGACCGCGGCCACUCGUUCAGCCUGCCUAGGAAGGCAGUCCCGCCAAGGGGGAACGAAAUCGCUUUCAUCCGCUGCGUCAAGCACGGCCAUUCCAAGCGGCUCAACGACGUCUAA